AUGGAAGAAGUGAAACUGCAUAGUUUCUGGCCUAGCCCAUACUGUUACAGAGUGAUAUGGGCACUGAAACUAAAGGGUAUCAGAUAUGAGUACAUAGAAGAAGACCUUUCCAACAAAAGUCGAGCGCUAUUACAGUGCAACCCGAUUCAUAAGAAGGUUCCAGUGCUUGUUCAUGGAGGCAAACCAAUUGUGGAAUCCAUGGUUAUUCUAGAAUACAUUGAAGAAACAUGGCCCGAUCAUCCUUUGCUACCAAAAGAUGCUUAUGAGAGAGCCAUAGCUCGAUUCUGGAUUCAAUUUGGAAUAGAUAAGAGAGACUCUAUCCUUAAUUAUCCAGGGCAUGACAUUUUUGCAUUUUUUCGAGCAACUGGAGAAGAGCAAGAGAAGGCAGCAAGAGAAGUAUUAGAAGUGCUAACAAUCUUGGAAGAGCAGUGCCUGGGAGACAAGAAGUUUUUCGGAGGGGAAAACGUUGGAUUUGUAGACAUAGCAUAUGGGUGGUUGGCUCACUGGUUUGAAGGCAUGGAAGAAGUGGUUGGCGUAAAAUUGGUGGAACCAAGUACUUUGCCUCGCUUACAUGCCUGGAUUCAGAAUUUUAAAGAAAUUCCGGUGAUCACAGAGAACCUUCCUGAUCGUGAGAAAUUGCUAAAACAUUUUAAACGCUUAAGGCAGAUGUUUGUUUCAGACUCUUCCAUAUAG